AUGGCACUAUCUCAUCAACCCUCGUUACACCGGUCAAUUCUACACCGACCGAGACAAAAUGUAGUUUUGCAUUUUAGUUCAAAGCUCUUUCGACACAACUGUAACGUCAGGCUUUUUCCAAUCGUCAAAAUGCAUCAUUUAACUGGAGGCAGACUUCAGGUUACUCAGCUUCCAAAACAUCUUCGAAAAACUAAAAGUUUGGUCAGCAUCCGGACAACACGAAGCGCUGAUAGCUAUGUGGUACAUGAUGACAAAUUUCAGAAAGAUAAAAUCGUUAUUAAUGUUGGUGGGGCCUUAUACGAAACUUUGGAGUCUACGUUGAAUAAGUAUCCAGAAACACUGUUGGGAUCAAAUGAGAAACGUUCUCUUUUAAUAGAUAAACACAAAAAUGAAAUAUUCUUAAACAGAAAUCGGUCUGCAUUUGAAGCCAUAUUGUUCUAUUACCAAUCAAGUGGGAAUCUUGUGCGACCGGCUUUUCUACCAAUGAUCGAUUUUGUUAAUGAAUGCGCGUUUUAUGAUAUUUCUGAAGACGCGAUUAAAAAGAUGAAGACAAGGGAAUGUUAUCUUCAUAAAAGACGAAAAAUUCUUCCGCCUAGAGAAAAAUACAACAGGAUGAAGGAGUCCUGCUGGACUUUCUUUGAUCAUCCCUUAUUGUUCAAAAACAUUUCAGCGAUAUGCUACUUUGUGUUUUCGUUCAUGUUAAUAUUAGUCUCGAUUGCCCUGUUUUGUACCGAGACUGAAUUCAUCCUGGCCUACGAAGGAAAAGAUUUGGAAAAAAUCUUAAAUAUCGGAUACAUCUUGGAAUUGUCUCUAAAUAUAUUUUUUACAGUAGAACUUUUAGUGCGCUGGUAUGUCUAUCCACUGCCUCGUGCAUUUCUUUCAAAAGCUUUAAAUUUUGUCGAGUUUUUAUCCGUCUUUACGUAUCUGAUUUUGUACGGCUGUCCAACACAUUUCGUUAGAACAUUGCUUUUACAGAUCACAAGAAUGUUGCGUGUGUUGAGACUGGCCAGAGCAGCCCGUGUAUCGCGACCGAUAAAGGUCGCCACGUCGGUAUUUCACACGUCGAUUAACGACGUCAGUGCCGUAUGUUUUGUCAGUCUUAUUUUGUGUAUAUUGUCAGGCAGUGUCAUGUAUUAUAUUGAGAUGACAGUACCGAACACAAAAUUUACAAGCAUACCAGAGUCGAUGUGGUGGGCUAUGCAAAGCUUAUUGUGCCUUGGUUAUGGAGAUAUUGUUCCCGAAACCAUGUUUGGAAAAGCUGUUGGUUCAAUGGUCGUGUUUUUAGGCGUCGUAACAGUUACUGUUUUGUUAUUAUCACUCGGCGGCCGGUUGUUUGACAUGUAUUCUAAAGAGGUGCACGAAAGAGGAUUUUUGCCAGAAGAAGAAAAAGUUGAUUACGAAAUACAUUACAAGGAUAUUGAUUAG